UUCUUUUCGAUAAAAAUAACACGAAUUCAAACAUACUACAAGAAUUAUUAUCUUAUCGUACUUCUCGUGUUUUUUUUCCCAACUCUAAAAACGUACAUUAUUUAUGAAUAUAAGCGUAUGAUAAUGAGUAGGUACCAUCAGCCGAUAUAUUCAAAGCUUACAUAAUAAACUUGAAUAGCAAUAGACCAAGUAACCCAAACUAAAUCACAACGUUCGUAGUCAUGAAAUAGUAAAAAUCAAGUCGUACCUAGUUGACUCGUUUUUAUAAUUCAUAAUUUUGUUAAUUUGUUAAAAUGGUUCUCGAAAAGUACAGCGAUAUUUUAUCGUUUAUUGCUUCAUCAGCAACAAUACCACUUCUGCUAUCGCCGAUAUUAUUAUGCAGAGAAUUCGUUAAAAAAGGCUCAUCAGAUCACAUAAAACCAAUCGUUUUUGUCGGUGGAUUAACAAGAUCAAUUUUAUUUUUACAAUUUGGAAUCACGACAAAUUUGCGACCACUUAUAAUCAUUCAUUCAUUAGGAGCAGUCCUGUAUACAAUUUAUUUAAUUUUAUACUAUAAUUAUUGCCAGAAUAAAAGUAACGUCCAAAGUUUAUUUACGAAGGCUACUGCAUUUGUAUCCGUAUUAUUAGGGUUUGUGAAUUUCCGAACCGAAUCAUUAAUCGCAAAAUACUUCGGAGCUAUAGUAACUGCUAUACACCUAUUCUUGAUCGCUGUUCCUCUACUGAACUUGAAAACCAUCAUACGAACAAAAAGCACUCAUGGUAUGCCAUUUCCUAUCAUUUUAUGCGGGAAUAUAGUUACUACUUCGUGGUUAUUAUACGGAAUUAGCGUCGGCAAUAGUACGAUAAUAUUCCAAAUGGUUAUUGGAGCUGUAUUAACUGGUAUUCAGUUAUCGCUUUUUGCCAUUUAUCCUUCAACGCCACCAAGCGAGAAGAAAAAAGCGAACUGAUUUCUGAUUCGUUAAAUUUAUAGGUUCAAUUAUAGAUUGUAAAUAUAAAUAUAUUGUUCUACGGUUAUUUAAAUAA